UUCUUGUGUCGCGCCUCGCACGCGCUUUCCGUUUCGCCGAGCACCGCUAAACUGCCUCUAUUUCUAGGUCGAACCGGUGCUUCUUCCAGGAUGUCCGAGAACCUGGAUUCUCAAAAACUGAAUGGAAAUCCCGCUCGAUCCCCGCAACAGGCCAUCAAGGCUCCGUCUCCGGAGGACAUUUCGGUGAAGCCGCACCCGGCGGCGCACCAGGCCCUGGAGUUCCUCAAAUCGGUCGACGAGUGCAAGGCCGUUUCGGACAUUGCGAAGAAAAUCGUCAUGGGCCACACCAGCUGGGCCGUUAGGACCGUUCGCACGCUGUUGUGCGAGUUGCUCAACUUGCCUCGAGAGCGGCUUUCCAACGUCUCCAGACUCGGCGCCUUUCACUUCGCCAUCGCCCUGCAGAAGAGCCGAAAAGAGCUGGCGCUGCUCCACAUGAGGAGGGGGCUGUUGUAUUUAGAAAUGCGCGAGGCGAGUCUCGCCAUCGCCGACGCGUUGCGAGCCGUUUCGCUCGACAGGGAAAACAGCAACGGCUUUUUUUUGCUCUCCUCUUUUUUAUUAGAAGCAUACAAAGAUUUACAGAACAUGCCACCGGAGAUGUUCCGGAUGGCACACAAAAUGGCGCAUAUCGGAUACACGCUCAACCCGGAAGACUCGCACUUGGAGCUGACGUUCGACGUCUCCGUCCCGCCCCCGGAGUCGGUGCCGAGGGUGGUCGACGACGAGGCGAGAAGGCAGGUGUUGCAGUACUCUAUUUCCAGGGGCGACGCCGGGCCGCUCUUGUUCCCGCCGCACCCGUCUCGCUCGGCCUGGUGGUCGAACGCGUUCCGGAGGUUGAUCAUGGAGACGUUGCCCGUGUGCAACCAGACGCACCCGUUCAAUUACUCGAACGUUCAGUGCCAAUACGACAAGGUGAGCUCGUUUUUCGAGCAGAUGAGCAGAGACUUCGACAUGCUGCACUUCCAGCUGAGCCAGACACCGACUCAGGUCGGCGAGGUGACGGUGUCGAUUCACUGCGCCAGGGAGUUCUCGCCCGGAGACGUGAUUUUCGAGGAGAGGCCCUACAUCGUCGCGUCCACCACGGACUCUUUGGGGCACUCGUACAUGGACGAAAGCGUGGUGGACGGCGGCAGCGCGAGCACGUCGAGUCAGUCCGGAUCCGCGAAGGAGAGCACCAGAAGGAAGAGAUACGAUAAGCUUCGUGACUGGGCGAGACACAACGACUGUCCAGAAGUUUUGUUGGUUUGGCAAUAUUUGGUCCGAUUGAAGGAGUACCGGAAGGUGGAUCCUUCGAAAAAGAACGGCUUCCAGGACCCGUUCCCCUAUUUGUCGCAUCCGGGAGACCAGAAGUUCGAGAAUCUGAUCAAGUACAGGUAUCGCUUUUGGGACCACUACAGCGCCUACAUACGUCUGUCUUGGGCGUGGGGGUUUUGCAAGGAGCACCAGGAGUUCGAUUUCGAGUGGUACUUGGACCAGGUGGGAACGGUUGUUUUGAACUCGUUGAGGCUGAGUCCCCCCCCGUGUCAGCAGCAGAGUUCGGCGGUUCACGCGGCGGACGACCUGGACAAGAGUGGCGGCGCGCCCUCCAACAGGGCGCCGGAGCUGAGCGAGGGGAUCCCGGGAGACAUGAUCAUCAACGUGCGAGUGGAAGGCUCUCCGUUCAUACCGGUGAUUCCGGGUCACAUAUCGAAGGUUUCGUCGGUGAUGGCGCUGUUUCAGUUGGCUAGUUUUAUUCCGAAUGACUGUAUCAAUCCGACAAUAGAAUACAAUGUAGUUUGGAAGGAGAACGGUCCGGUGCUGCAAGUGAUCGCCCUUAAGAUUUUGACGGUGGGGACCAGUCUUCGAAGGAACAUGAUCCCGCCCGAGGCAAAGGUGAGUCGUCGUGCGUUGGCGAGUUUUGGUUCUCUUUGUUCUUGCCUGGAGUGUACAAGGCUACCUCGUCCGGUUGUCGUCGAUCUUUAGUUCGUGUAUAUGACACACGGCAUACACGGGGUGGUUUUC